AUGCCACUGACCUCGCCCUCCCUGCCCUUCAUUUUCCAGAUCCUACCAAGCCUCUUCCUCGCCGCCGGCGCCCUCUUCCCCGCCUUCUCCUCCCACUGGCUCGCAUCCAAGGGUCGCGACGAAGAGUGUCUCUCCUCCCUCCCAAGCUCUGCCAACUCCCGGCAGACGACCCCCGCAUCUGGCAGGAGUACCUCGACAUUCGCAUCGAGGUCGCCUCCCAGAAGGAGAUGGUCGAAUCAAGCACCCGAAUUUGGGUGGCAAGCAGGGCUCAAGGUCGACUUGGAUAGGGAGGUUGUUCUAUGGCCAGACUUGCCCAGGACUGGCCGCUACAAGCGCACGCUUGUUGGCAUGGGGCUUAUGUCUGUGCAGCUCUCGGCCGGUCCGAGCUUCACUCGCUAA